AUGGCUCAAUCAUCAUUCACUUCGACGGCUGCUCUUUCCGAGCGACGACUCCAAGACCCUUCCAAACCAGCCCCUGAAGCCAAGAAACGGGUCGUCGUCACAGGCGGUUCCGGUAAGCUGGGUCGAUGGAUGAUACGGGAGAUGGUUGAGCACGGAUGGGAGGUCUGGAACUUGGACCUCACGCCACCUGCUCCAACAGAGGUCAAAUUCGCCAAGUGUGUUCAAGUUGAUUUGAAGGAUUACGGACAGGUUAUAGCGGCUCUGUCGGAUUUAGAUUCGGGUUACAAAGGUGUUGACGCUGUCAUUCAUCUCGCUGCCAUACCAUCGCCGUCUCGAGCUCCCAAUCAUGUCAUUUUCCACACCAAUAUCUGUCAGACAUACAAUAUUCUGGAGGCUGCACGAGUGCUGGGCAUUACAAACGUCGCUGUCGCUUCUUCAGAGACCGUAUUCGGUAUUCCUUUCUUCCCUCAUAUUCCUGAAACCUUGCCUAUCCGUGAAGACGCACAACGCCCGGAAUCCAGCUACUCCCUCGCCAAGCUUCUCGGUGAAAAAAUGGGAGAACAGUUCACUCGAUGGAAUCCCGAAGCCAAGAUCAUAAGCAUCAGAUUGAGUAACGUCAUGAGCCCGGAACAAUACAUCACUUUUGAGGAUUGGCAAAAUGACCCAUGGACCAGAGCAUGGAACGGAUUCUGCUAUAUCGAUGCGCGUGAUUGCGCUCAAGCAUUCCGUUUGGCUAUAGAGUCUUCUCUUAAGGGCGCGCAUGUAUUCAACAUCGCAAAUGCCGAUAACGCCUUCCGAGUACCUACCGCCGAGUUGAUGAAGAAAGUUUUCCCCAACACCAAAUGGGAACCCGAGACGGACAAUCCCAGAGAAGGAGGUAUUAGUAUCAAGAAAGCAAGGGAGAUGCUUGGAUAUGACCCCAAGUACGAUUGGCAAUCAGAGUACGAGAAGUUGAAGAAUGCCCAGGCUUAA